GGCAAUAUGGGAGCAAGAGUCCUGAUUAUACAAAAUAGCACACGCGUAAAUCUCUAUCGUUAUCGGAGUCCAGCUAUACGAAAACGUAGCUUGGACUCGUAUGAGACUUUCCUCUUCUCCUUCUCCGCUUCACUCUUCAGCCUUCCGCUCUCUCUCCCCAAACAGGUACUGAUUUAAUUUUUAAUCUUUAACAAAAAGGGGGAAAAAGCAGGGGAAAGAUAAAUUAAAAAGAAAAGAAAAGCGAAGAGACAAAGCAGAGACAAUUUCUGACUCAGAGAGGGUGAAAAUACAGUAAAGUUUUGUUGGAGAGCGAAAUUGUGACUAAAAGGGAAGCUUCACUCAAGAUUUGACUAGGAUAGCAUUGAUGAUUGUUGUUAUACGAGUUUCAGUUUUAAGAAAGGAGCAUAUUUCUGAACAUUUGGAAUGAAGGACCCCUGAAGAUGGUUUCAAGUACAUGAUCUUCUAUAAAUAAGUGUAAGAUGAUAAAAGUCUAUGGUAGAGUGGGAAGCUAAAAUUUUGUGCAGUAUUACAUGCUUGCAACUUUAUCUAAUGGUCAGCUGCAGUGGAUGGUAAUGCAUCCAUUGCUAAUGCAGGGUUACCUCUGCUUGUGCAUUCUGUUUGGGUAUCUUUACACAUCUGGUCUUUGUCUUAGUUUGAAGCAGAAGUCCGAAAAUAUUUUAGAGAAACCUGGAUUAGUUUUGAGUGAUGAAUCUGUAAGUGGCACCCCUAUCCACGGUAAGAAAUCAAAUUCAUUACCACUGAAUGGUUUUCUAUCUUGCGAGGACUUGGGAGGUGUUGGAUCAUUCAAUACUACCUGCUUGCUAAACUCAAACUUGAAUUUGAGUUCUGAUCUUUACAUUUAUGGUACGGGAAACUUGGAGAUACUUCCCCAUGUUUCAAUCAAGUGCGCUACAGAAGGCUGUAUGGUUACCUUUAAUAUGUCUGGCAAUGUAAAUGUGGGUCAAUAUGUUGCCAUUGUUGCUGGUUCAGUGGUAAUUUAUGGUGCCAAUUUGAACAUUGGUCACAAUUCAGCUAUUAAUACAACUUCCUUAGCUGGUCUACCUCCUCCUCAAACUAGUGGUACACCUGUUGGCAUCGAAGGAGCUGGUGGAGGACAUGGUGGCCGGGGUGCUUCAUGUCUGAAAAAUAAUAAGACGAGCUUUUGGGGUGGUGAUGUUUAUGCUUGGUCAACUUUGUCUGAGCCAUGGAGUUAUGGGAGUAAAGGUGGUAGUAAGGGUAAUGGUACUUCCCAUGGACCUUGGUUCGGAGGGAAGGGUGGAGGACGAGUUAAGCUCAUAGUAAAGGACAUGCUAUAUCUGAAUGGCUCUGUAACUGCAGAAGGUGGGGAUGGAGGCCUAAAAGGGGGAGGGGGUUCUGGUGGAAGUAUCUACAUUAGAGCUGUGAAGCUGAAGGGAUAUGGUAUUAUAAGUGCAGCUGGUGGGAUGGGAUGGGGUGGUGGUGGUGGUGGACGAGUAUCUUUAGAUUGCUACAGCAUACAAGAAGAUGUCAAGGUUUCUGUGCAUGGUGGUUUCAGUUUUGGUUGUCCUGGAAAUUCUGGAGCAGCUGGUACAUAUUUCAAUGCUGAUUUACUGAGUCUAAGAGUUGGCAAUGACAAUGUCACCACAGAAACUGAAACUCCUCUGCUUGAUUUCCCUACUAGACCAUUAUGGUCAAAUGUUUUUGUGGAGAAUAAUGCAAAAGUUUUGGUUCCUCUUCUUUGGACCAGGGUUCAGGUGAGAGGCCAAAUUAGUCUAUAUCGUGGGGGAACAAUUGUCUUUGGGUUGUCUGCAUACCCGGUGUCAGAAUUUGAACUUGUUGCAGAAGAACUUUUAAUGAGUGAUUCCAUCAUAAAGGUAUUUGGCGCAUUUAGGGUUUCUGUCAAAAUGCUACUCAUGUGGAACUCCAAAAUUCAAAUAGACGGGGGUGGAAAUACUGUUGUCACUGUAUCUAUCCUUGAAGUAAGGAAUCUGGUUGUUCUAAGGGAGAACUCUGUCAUUAGUUCAAACGCAAACUUGGGUGUAUAUGGUCAAGGACUGCUGAUGUUAACUGGUCAGGGUGAUGCAAUUAAAGGCCAACGGCUUUCCUUGUCUUUGUUUUAUAACAUAACAGUUGGGCCAGGCUCUUUACUUCAAGCUCCGAUGGAUGAUGAUGCUAGCAGAAGUGUGGUUACAAAUUCCCUUUGUGAGAGCCAAACAUGCCCAAUAGAUUUGAUAACUCCUCCAGAUGAUUGCCAUGUUAAUUAUACACUAUCCUUUUCUCUCCAGAUUUGUAGGGUUGAGGACCUUCUUGUUAAUGGGAUCGUUAAGGGAAGUAUAAUUCACAUUCAUGGGGCAAGGACAGUCACCGUUGAUGCUAAUGGCCUGAUCACUGCAUCUGAAUUAGGUUGCAGCAAAGGUAUAGGAAAAGGAAAUUAUCUUAAUGGAGCUGGUAGUGGUGCUGGGCAUGGCGGACGAGGAGGUGCUGGAUAUUUCAAUGGAAGAGUUAGCAAUGGUGGUCAUGAAUAUGGAAAUGCUGAUCUUCCUUGUGAGUUGGGAAGUGGAACAGAGGGUCCCACUCAGUCAUUUGGACGUGUAGUUGGAGGAGGAAUGAUUGUAAUGGGCUCAACCCAAUGGCCUCUCCUAAUGCUCAGCAUUUAUGGGUCUUUGAGGGCUGAUGGUCAAAGCUUUGGUAAAGCAACAAUAAAUGGUAAUGGAUCAUUAUUCGGUGGACUUGGUGGAGGUUCUGGUGGGACAGUUCUUCUAUUCCUUCAAGAGCUUAUGCUUGCUGAAAAUUCAUCUUUAUCAACUGUUGGGGGAAAUGGUGGUCCUCUUGGUGGUGGUGGGGGUGGGGGUGGAAGAGUGCAUUUUCACUGGUCCAAGAUAGGCAUUGAGGAUGAAUAUGUUCCAGUUGCUACUAUCAGUGGUUUCAUCAAUAGUAGUGGAGGUGCUGGGGAUAAUGGUGGACUCCUUGGAGACGAGGGCACAGUAACUGGGAAAAAAUGUCCAAAAGGCCUCUAUGGUACAUUCUGCAGGGAAUGCCCCGUUGGCACUUAUAAAGAUAUUGAUGGCUCUGAUGAAGAUCUUUGCACUCCUUGCCCUUUGGAGCUUCUUCCAAAUCGUGCAAAUUUCAUAUAUGUACGAGGAGGAGUCUGUCGGCCUUUUUGCCCCUAUAAAUGCAUAUCUGACAAAUAUAGAAUGCCAAAUUGCUAUACACCUCUUGAGGAGUUGAUGUAUACAUUUGGAGGUCCUUGGCCUUUUGCACUUCUUCUGUCUGGCAUUUUGGUGCUUCUAGCUGUAUUGUUAAGCACUUUAAGAAUCAAAUUGGUCGAAUCAAGCUCUUAUGCUGCUAAUAUUGAACAUCAGAGCAGUCAUCAUUUCCCAUACCUUCUUUCCCUGUCAGAGGUACGGGGAACCAGAGCUGAAGAAACUCAGAGUCAUGUUUACAGAAUGUACUUCAUGGGUCCCAAUACUUUUAGAGAACCAUGGCACCUUCCUUACUCUCCUCCUGAUACAAUCAUUGAGAUCGUGUAUGAAGAUGCUUUUAACAGAUUCAUUGAUGAGAUCAAUUCAGUUGCUGCAUAUGAUUGGUGGGAAGGGUCAGUGCACAGUAUAUUGUCAGUGCUUGCAUAUCCUUGUGCCUGGUCUUGGAAACAGUGGCGGCGGAGGAAAAAGGUACAUCGGCUUCAGGAAUAUGUCAAAUCAGAAUAUGACCAUUCAUGUCUCCGCUCUUGCAGAUCACGUGCUCUAUACAAGGGGAUGAAGGUUGGAGCUACACCUGAUUUGAUGGUUGCAUACAUUGAUUUUUUCCUUGGUGGCGAUGAGAAGCGUGUGGACAUGGUAACGAUCAUACAAAAGAGAUUCCCCAUGUGCAUAAUAUUUGGUGGGGAUGGAAGCUAUAUGUCACCAUACAAUCUUCAUAGUGAUGCAUUGUUGACUAAUCUUCUUGGCCAGCACAUACCACCAACUGUUUGGAAUCGUUUGGUGGCUGGUUUGAAUGCUCAGUUGAGGACUGUAAGACAUGGAUCCAUCCGUUCUGCAUUGGUUCCUGUUAUAGAUUGGAUAGCUAGUCAUGGAAAUCCCCAGCUUGAAUUCCAUGGGGUUAAAAUUGAGUUAGGCUGGUUUCAAGCAACAGCUUCUGGUUACUAUCAGCUGGGCAUCUUGGUAGUGGUUGGUGACUAUACUUUUCAAAAUUUGCAGCAACCUGAUUUGUUAGAUAGAAGCAAUGAUGGAUACCCAAGGAAAGAUGCUGCAUCUGCAGGCAAAAGCCUUAAACAGCUCCAAAAAUGUUGGCCAUGCCCAAGUCAUGCAUUAUCUCGUAAGAAGAUCACAGGGGGAAUUAAUGGAGGUCUUAUAAAUGAUGCUACAUUGAGAUCCUUGGAAUUUAAAAGAGACUUUCUCUUCCCAUUUUCUCUCUUAUUGCACAAUACUAGACCCAUUGGUCGUCAGGACUCCCUUCAGCUCCUGAUUACUACUAUGCUUUUGGCAGAUCUCUCUGUUACCCUUCUUACUUUGCUUCAGUUCUAUUGGAUAUCUCUUGGGGUAUUCCUUGCUGUCCUGCUUAUUCUUCCUUUAUCUCUGCUUUCUCCAAUCCCAGCUGGCUUGAAUGCCUUGUUCAGUAAAGAGCCUCGGAGAGCUUCACUUGCUCGUAUAUAUUCCCUGUGGAAUGCUACAUCUCUGUCAAAUAUUGCUGUGGCUUUCAUUUGCGGCAUUAUUCAUUACGGAUUCUCCUCUUUCCGGCCGCCUGACAAGGAAAAUUCUUGGAACACUAGAAGGGAAGAUGACAAAUGGUGGCUCUUGCCAACCAUCCUUCUGCUAUUCAAGUCAAUACAAGCUCGUUUUGUUGAUUGGCACAUUGCUAAUCUGGAAAUCCAAGAUUUCUCCCUCUUCUGUCCAGAUCCAGAUGCUUUCUGGGCCCAUGAACCUUCUUCUUGACUUAUCGGAGACUGCCCCUCCAAUCCAUCAACCACCAGAGGCCCACCUUCUGCUAUGGCUCUGGUAGCGGCAGUGCUUUCCACUGUAAAUUUUGUUCAAAGUUGUACAAAGCAUCGGGUUUAGGCUUUUGCAUUUUUGCGCUUUUAUGGGGUAUAGUUGCAGAAAAUGAUUUGAGAGUUUUGUGAAUCAGUGAAUAGAUAUAUCUUGGUUCUUUAUUUAUUAUAAUUAUUUUUCAGAAUAUAAGAUGCAAAAAGGUUUUGGUUCUUUAUAUAUUAGAAUUAGCUGCAUCAUGCAUGCGAUUUUGGAUUUUGAAUUCAAAUCUUAGUAUUUACAAUUUUUUAGAAUUAUAAAAAAAA